AUGGUUAAUCUUAACCCAAAAUCAAUCUCACCUCAUAACAACACUCCACAAAUGAAUCAACUUGGACAUGACAAUGAUGCUCAAAUUGUUACCCAACUUCACACUACAUUAAAUGCUGCCGCUGAUGCUAAUGCUAAACUUAAUAACGCACAUAAUGCACUUGGUAUUCCAAUGACUCUCAUGGGAAACAUAAAUGGUUCCAACAUCAUGUCUCCACAUCCUCCUUCCACUAAUCCUAAUUAUAUGUUGGCUGCAGCUGCUGGUUUCCCUGGUGGUAUGAUUGGACAUCCAAACAUGGUUAAAAAGCGUCCUCAUCCAGGCGAAAUGAACUUACAAGGAAAUAUGAGACCCAACAUAGCAGCACAAGCACAAUAUCUUUUACAUAAUGGUUAUAUCCAAAUGCAGCAGGCACAAGUACAACAGGCCAUGCAAGCACAAGCACAAUCUGCAGCUGCACAAAAAGCCGGCAAUGAUAAUUCAAAAAACCUAAAGAAUACUCCCAAGAUUACGCCAGCACAACAAGUCAAUACUGGAGGUCCAUCAUCAAAUUCAGUUGCAACUCCUCAACAACAACAUUCUCAACCUAUUCAAUCAUCACUUAACCCAUCAAAUGUAAUGACAUUACAAUCCCAAAACACCAUGCCAGACAAUAUGCCCCCUCCUGUUUCAUCCAAUCCUAAUGUUAAUAUGGACGAUGUUUCAAACUUUGACAUUUUAGAGCUUAUUGGUAACGGCACUUCAAUGUUAAAUCCCAUGGAUAACAGCACUCCAAUGUUAAGCAUUGAGGAUUUCUUGAAUCUUGAUUGA